AUGAAGAAAAACGUCCUACGCUUAUCACAAGAAGUCAAGAAUGCGCUCAAUCUCAAGAAACCCGUGGUAUCUUUGGAGUCCACAAUAAUCUCACAUGGACUACCCUACCCGCGAAACGUCGAUAUGGCCCUCGAAGUCGAGGAGAUCCUCCGAGAUUCCGGAGUCACUCCAGCAACAUGUGCGUUCCUCAAAGGUCAACCACACGUCGGUCUAACUCAAUCGGACUUAUUGAUCUUUGCCGAGGAGGCAGCAAAACGCGGGGGCGACAAGGGGGUCUCCAAUGUCUCCAAAGUGUCGAGGAGAGAUAUCGGUUACGUCAUGGCUAAUCAGUUGUAUGGAGGCACCACGAUCUCACUGACGAUGAUCUUGUCGCAUUUGGCAGGAAUCAAAUUCUUUGCUACUGGCGGAUUGGGCGGUGUGCAUCGAGAUGUCCCUGGUGAAACAUCAAUGGAUGUUUCUGCGGAUUUGACGGAGUUGGGGAGAACACCGGUGAGUGUGAUUUGCGCGGGGCCAAAGUCGGUUUUGGAUGUUGGGCGAACAUUGGAGUUUUUGGAAACGCAGGGUGUGUUUGUCGGGACUUAUAACGAAGAUAAACUUGAUGCAAAGGAUUUGAAAUUGCCCGGGUUCUACUGCCGCGAGUCGCAAGUGCCAUCGCCAUUUGGGUUCGACAGCUUCGAGGAAGCCGCGCAGAUGGUUUAUGCGCAGAAUCUGCUUGACUUGCAAAGUGGCAAUGUCUUUUGCAUCCCUCCUCCAAAGGAUACUGCGCUAGACAGCUCCUUUAUCUCAGAGAUUAUUGAGCUGGCCAAUGAAGAAGCUAGAGCCAAGAAUGUGUCCGGUAAGCACUUGACCCCAUUUUUGCUCGCGCGAAUAGCUGAAAAACUGCAUGGUAAAUCGGUCGAUUGCAACGUCAGUCUAGUCAAGAAUAACGCUCGUGCAGCUGCUGAAAUUGCAAAAGCCUACCAUGCCAUUUCACCACUGGAAGUAUGUGAUUGAAAACCAAAAAAAUAACAAAAAAGAAAAAAUGGACAAAAGAUCAAGAAGAUUAGAAAAAAAAGCAAUUUUUUUUUUGUGAAAGAUUACUGACCCCUUCUUGAUGUAGGUGAGCCAUCAACCAAUUAUUGAGAAUACCGCUAGGACUAGUUCUGGCUCCAAGUCGAGCCCACCGUCUGACACCAAUUCAAGUAUUUUGGUGGUUGGCUCCGUGGCGUUGGAUACAGCAGCCACCCUUGGCUCCGAUACCAAGAUGCAUGACUCAAACAUAGGCACGAUUACCAACUCGAUAGGCGGUGUAGGCUACAACAUUGCACUAGCCAGCAAAUACAUUUACCCACUGACGAGGUUCAUGUCGCGAAUAGGCAAAGACGUGUCGGGGGACACCAUUUCCAGCGAGGUGCAAUCGCAAAUGUCGAGCGUUUUAACCACUGGUGAGGGACGCAGUGCCCAAUACGUAUGCACACACGACUCACAGGGCGAAUUGAUUGUUGCAUGCGCCGACAUGUCGAUCAUCGAGGAAGCAGCAUUCGCUGACGAUGUGAUUCGCGAACUCAACCGCUCUAAUCCAAAAAUUGUCGUUUUGGACUGUAACUUAUCUAGCGAGUCGCUCAAUCGCAUCAUUCUGCAGCGCGCGCAACGUCUCGACGGCGGGGAGUCACCACCACUGGUGAUUAUUGAGCCGACUUCAUACGUCAAGGCGCAAAGACUCGGUCAAGUUCAACUUGCAGUAUUUCCCCAUAACGCAGUCAAGCUAAUCACGCCCACCGUGCAAGAGCUACUGGGCAUGUUUAAUUCCAUGUCCCGAGCGGGCAAAUUCGAGUGUUUGGACCACUGGUUCCCCGUCGUGGACGCGAUGAGCAUCAACGGUUUGAUGCGUGAAAAACUUGCCAGAUUAGACUCCAAAUACAAGCUAAACUUGGUGAGCUCGGGUGUGUUGCAGCAAAGUUUCCAUUUGUUGCCUUAUUUCCAGAACAUCAUCGUCAAGUUGGGAUCCAAGGGCGUGCUCUCAAUCGGCUUGGCUGCCAAUAUUCACGAUUUGAAAAGCAUUCCCACAACGUCUCCAUAUCUACCUGCUUCCAUCAUCACUAAUGAUCCAAACAGCAAAAUUGGCGUAGUUGUUGAGUACUACCCCGUAGCCAAGGAGAAUGAAAAUUUGCAAGUUGUCAACGUUACAGGCGCAGGCGAUACACUCGUUGGGUUCUUGGCUGGCAAAUUGGCUCAAGUCGCUGCCCACUCGCCUAAUGAAAAUUGGUUGAACCUGGAGAUUCUUUCUUGUGAGCAAGUUUGGAAUAGAUGGGAACACAUUCACAAAGCUCAACUGGCGAGCGGGUUGACUUUACAAAGCACAAAAGCUGUCAGCCCUGAAAUUGGCAAGCUUUGA